GAAGGAGCUCUGGAUGGACGUUAAUACUUGAGGCGGAUAGACUGGUUCAGCACAAUGGUCGACUGGGACUACGACUAUUUGAUCAAGCUGCUGGCCCUGGGGGACUCGGGGGUGGGAAAGACCACCUUCCUCUACAGGUACACGGACAACAAGUACAACCGCAAGUUCACGACCACAGUGGGCAUUGACUUCAGAGAAAAGAGGGUGGCUUACUUGGGGACGGGCGCUGAUGGGACAAGUGAGAGGAGCUUUAGAGUCCACCUUCAACUCUGGGACACAGCAGGCCAGGAGAGGUUCCGCAGCCUCACCACCGCGUUCUUCCGAGAUGCCAUGGGCUUCCUGCUAAUGUUCGACUUAACCAAUCAGCAAAGUUUCAUCAACGUCAGGAACUGGAUGAGUCAGCUGCAGGCCAACGCGUACUGUGACAGCCCAGAUGUGGUGUUGGUGGGCACCAAAGCGGACCUCAGGGACAUGAGGAAUGUCCACGGCAGACAGGCCAAAGAUCUGGCCGACAGAUAUGGCAUCCCGUACUUUGAGACGAGCGCGGUGACGGGCGUUAACGUGGACCAGGCGGUGACCGCCCUGCUGGGCCUGGUGAUGAAGAGGAUGGAGCAGAGCACGUGCGGAGCCCAGAGCUCCGAGCCCAACGGCAGCCCCACAGGGAGCCACGAGGUGGAGGAGGCCCCCGUCAGGAGGAGGUGCGCCUGCUGAUGUCUGCAGUCCACAGCCGCCGGGGAGAGAUCUGUACAUAGUAACACAACAGCUUUGAGACAGCCAAACAGCUGAAGCUGUGGAAAAUAUCGUCAGAAAAUUCCAUUUUUUUCGCUUUGGAAAUAAACCAGAAUUUCCUAUCUUUUUCCAUAGCAGCAGACAAAGCAAAUCAUUUAGAUCUCAAUCUGUUUUUGAUGUUUUAACCUUAAUCUGAGGCACAGAACAAAGAAACAAGGUUCCCCCCAUGCCGUUGUAAAUGCUGGUUAUUGCUCUUUUAUUCAUUAAAACUGGUUUGUCUAUGUCAUUUUUUUAAAUAGUGGCUUAAACUUUAGCUCACAGAACAUGUAUUUCAAUGCAGAUCUUCCUCCAUGUGUCUACUUAAAUUAAAGGUUAUAUUAAUUUAACAGUAUUCGGCUCAGGCAGUCGAUUUUAACUUUCAGAUGCAGC